AAUUGCCAUUAAGCUAAAAACUUCGGCCAGCUGGUACCACUGACCUCAAAAGUCCAGAAUUCACUGCAGAUCUGCGCUAAAUUUCACCUUUUGGUCUCUUCUGACUGGUGAUGUGAUUUGGCCUUUUCGCCAAUAUUUAUGGUCUUUAGUCGGAAAUACGAAUGUGUAUGGACGUUUUAUAUAAACACCUGCAUAUAGUCGCCUCGAAGCUUGAUGUGCGUGGCCACUAGGGAGCUCUUUAAGAAGCUCACCCAGCCCUGGAAUCCUGCGACUGAUUCUCAAAUGCAAAUUGCGCAAUAGCGUCUUACCUACGAAGAUUCUGUCAAGCUUUGGGGGGAAGAUUGAGUUUGUGAAGGUGUACUUACUACGAAAUGUACGGUGUAACAGCGCAGUUGUCUAGGAAGGCAAGAUUCCAUGUGUCUAGGGUAUUUCAGCAUGUAGCGUUGCUGAAUGGACCACACGGGGUGAAGUCACGUUUCUUUUCCACCCUGGAUGAUGAAAAAGUGGAAAACUAUUACGUGCUAAAGGACAUUAGAGAUUCCACAAAAUGCACUGGAUUUGAUGAAGAUGACCCUAGAGGUAAAUUUACAAAUAGGGAUGAUACUGUGGAAGAAUUUACAGAGAUAGUGGAUGAAAAACUGCCGAAUGUAGCCAAGGACGUUGUCCCACUGUAUAAAAAGUGUAAGCUGACAAAGACUCUGAUAAAGGUGGAGAUACCCAUAAAGAAACUUGACUCUGAAGAACUUGUUAGCUCCCUCUUGUUUUUAUUUCCAAGUAUUCCAUUCGAUGUUGAUGUUAAAGAUCUAUUUUAUCACCUAAAUGGUGGCACAGCUCUGCAGCUUGCAGACGACCAAAUUCGCAAUGUCAAGAUGUUUGAGCAAAGAGUAUCGGAACUUUUGGCUUACAAUCGUUUUAAUCUAAAACAAACUCUAGUUGUAGCACUAAUUUUUGACCACUGUGGACUAUUAACUCACGAGUUACGAAAUAAAUUGUUACUGGCCAUGCAACUAAAUAUCUAUGCCUUUCGCCCGUAUGAUAUUGCGGUUGCUGUUCACAUUUAUGGAAAAGUCCAAGGGAGAUAUGAUCCAUUUAUAAAUACACUAGGGCUCGUGUUUUAUGAUUUAAUGAUAGGCGGAAAAACAUCGCUGUGCCCAAAUGGGCCAUCCCUUGGUGAAACAAUGGCUGUACUUUCCUCAUUUACCAGCGUUGGAUUCUCUACUAGCAAACUAACUGAUCCAAUUUUUGGAUAUCUCUACGAGAAACUUAAUGAAAUGUCUGAAUCACAGAUGGUUUUUGCAUUAAAAUCAUUCUUUACCAUAUCUAAAGAUGCAAAAUUUGUUGAGCUCUACUCACGCAUUCUGUCGAUACUUUUCAAUAAUCCCCUCUUAUUUGUGGAAAAGUUCCAGGAGCAUGCCCAAGAAUCAUUAUCGUCAGAUUUUGGAAUUCAACCAGUCAGUAUUGAAGCAUACCCAAAAAGCGUAAAGUUCCCAUCUGACAUUCCUUCAUUGCUCUUGCUAUUCGAUGCGCUUUCAAACUGUAAAUCAGAGUUCCUAAUUUCAUCGGUACACAAUAGAAUAGAGUUCAAACGCUUAUGGAGCCGUAAUAUAAAGACUGGAAAUAUGCCAUGGAAAGUACCUGGAGUUGGACGAAUUGAAGAUAAGAUAGAUGUCCAAUCUGAGGAAUGUCCUAAACUUGUUGUAACAUAUAAAAGUCAACUGCCUAAAUUGUAUACAGAUGUAUCGAAACUAAUAAAGGAUGCAUUUGGUCCUACAUUGUCAUCUAGUGGUAUUGUAAAGUAUAUUUUUGAACAUAAUACGGCUGUAGUAAAUGCACUGGACAAGGAAAACAUACCUUAUCAUGUCUACUUUCCGUACAAUAGUUCAAUCCAGGCCAUUUCACAAGGCGUUGAUACAAAUUACUCACCGUUCCCUGUAUUUAAAAUUGAAUUGGAUGCUUUAUUGGAAUAUAAGGAAACGCUAAUGAAUGAACAUGCAAAGAGGUUCCACGUGAACAACUUGGCAACAUUUUGCAAGGGCCUAGGUAUAGAAACUGAAACAUUGGAGUUCAUACCGAAACAAAUUGAGGCGGAAGAAUGGGUGAAUGAAAUUAUGCAUGGACUUGUACUUGGUAAUACCGGUCUAUUAGAAGGUUGUAGGAACAAGAUGGAGUUUUACAAUGUUAAAGCUAUGGACAUUGCAAACUGUAUCGUUUUCAUCAAUGAUUAUUCUAGGUAUGCAGAUCUAUUGCCAGUUGAUAUGCUAUCAAGUCUAUAUUAUCGUCUUUUAUUCACAAGACCUACGUAUUCAAAUUCUCCCGUUGAAUUAUUGGAUAAAAUUUGCCCCAAAGUCCUUGUUUUGGGCAAUUCACAUAUUGCAUACACUGAAGAUUCUGAGUUUUACAAGACUGCGCACGGCAUGGAGUACUAUCUUCCUCCACCAUCGAUAAGAUCGCUUUUCAAGGGAGACCAUACACUCAACUCUGUCAUAUUUUACGUCAUUUCACACCAUCUCCACUAUUACAUGAUUCCAUUGGUAUCCUCCAUGACAGAAUCGCAAAUUAUAGAGGUAAAUACACUACUUCAACAAUUAAUGCAUCCAUUCUACGCACUUUCAAAGGUUGAAUCUGAGCCUAGGCUGUUAAUGGAUGUAGCCUAUUGUCUUGGUCUUUUCAAUAACAAACAUCUCCUUCAUUCAAACAUUGAAUCAUUAUAUUCAUUGGGGACUAUGGAAGUAAUGAAAAUCUCAGAAGAACAUCACCACAUUUAUACAGCAUUCUUACAUGUGACAUCUCUGUACCUUGAAAGUUUAAUCACGGAGAUCGACGGGUCUAAGUUAACACUUAAAAGUCAGGUUAAAUUGCUAAGGACUGUGCUUAUGCUAAAUGCACUCCACCGAUUUUUUCAGAAGUCAAAAGACGGAAAACCAAUGGCGCUAGUGCAAAAAUUGUUGGGAGCAACUAGUAAAAAUUUUUUCGUUCACUUUUCUGAUCCACAGAAAGAGGAACUUGAUGAUAGAUUAACUGUAGAGGAUGACGUUUUAUUUUUACAAGUUCUCUCUGAUAUACUUGAGCUAGAUGUUAUCGAGAAUAGAUACAAGUUGCUAAACCAUGUAAUAUUGGGUGUAUUUAGGAGGAUAAAAUAUUACUCUCUUGAGGAAAUAGUUCCAAUUCUAUCGUCUUUGUCAUCAAUUAACUCUCACUUUAACGGUAUUAAUAUAGAAGAUGACGAAUUCUUGGAACAAGUAUCGCAAUCGGUAAAAAUUGUUCAGGGGCAACUUCUAGAGUCUAUAACAUCCGGAACAUGCACUGAAAAUACUGAAACAUCCUUUACAGAACAAGGGAAAAGUUGUUUUUUGUUCUUUGUUGAACAGUCUGCACACAAUUAUGCAUAA